AGCUUCCCACCGUCAUUUAACUUAAUCAGCAACUUUUUCCGAGUCCCUUUUCUCUCAAUAGAACAGUGGGGUCUUGCCCCCUCCCAGUGGCGUUCUUGCAGGAGUGUCGCGGGUCCUCUUCUCCUCUUCCCUUUAUGCCAAUGGGUGGCGCAACUGAGCUUCUCCCUAAACUUGGACAUCAGGAAGCGCAGGAGGAAGCAGCCGCCGUUGUCGCCUUGAAACAAACAGCACAAUGCUUCGGCUGGGGAGAGCCGCAGCUGGGUGCAGGGCGCUCGCCGCGCCGCACCCCCGAUGGGUCAGCGGUCACAGCAAGAGAUCCUCGGGCGGGGAGAAGGAGGUCCUGGUCAAUGUUCACGGAGGAGAAAGCAGCGGAAUUGCUGAAAUCCUGAUGAACAGAGCCCAUGCUAGAAAUUCACUGGGAAAAAUACUUGUUAAUGAACUAUUCAGAGCUCUAGAAAGUGUCCGUUGUGAUGAAAGGAUCCGUGUGGUAGUGUUGAAAAGUGAAGUAAAAGGCGUGUUUUGUGCAGGUGCUGACUUAAAGGAGCGUGCACAAAUGAAUGAUGUGGAAGUUGGACACUUUGUUCACAGGCUGAGAAGUUUAACGGAUGAAAUUGCUGCACUGCCUAUGCCCACAAUAGCUGCAAUAGAAGGCUAUGCAUUGGGUGGGGGAUUGGAGUUGGCUUUAGCAUGCGAUCUUCGAAUAGCAGCUUCAUCAGCUGUAAUGGGCCUGAUUGAGACCACCAGAGGACUUCUUCCUGGUGCAGGUGGAACCCAACGCCUGCCCCGCUGUAUUGGAAUAGGUCUUGCUAAGGAACUCAUUUUCACUGGCAGACAGAUUGAUGGACAAGAAGCACUCUCAAUAGGAUUAGUAAACCACACAGUGCUACAGAACGAUGGAGGAGAUGCAGCUUACCAGAAAGCAUUAAUCUUAGCUAAAGAAAUUCUUCCUCGGGCUCCCAUUGCUGUGAAAAUGAGUAAACUGGCAAUAAACAGAGGGAUAGAGGUGGAUAUUGCAUCAGGGAUGGCUAUUGAGGGAAUGUGUUACACACAGGUAUGUUAUCUUAAAUUCUUAAAUCACAGCCAUACAUUUCUUAAAUACUGUAACAGCCUCACAGUAUAUGUAUGGCUAAUACUCACACAAGCAUUUGAAAAUUCACUGAAGUUUCUUAGGGCUCGUCUAUAUUGUAGACAAGACACAAGAAGUCAUUUUUCUGCUCUACUCUGCACUGAUUAGGCCACAAUUGGAGUAUUGUGUCCAGUUCUGGGCACCACAUUUCAAGGA